AUGAAUACGUUCUCAUCGUUGCCGCAAAUAAACAAAAGAAGAUUUGAUUUUGGAGUAGAUGUAGAAGCCUUUAGAAUUAUUGACAGACAACACAACCAAGGCAGCAUCGAAGAAUCGAUGGAUGAAGACACGGGGAGUAAAAGACGACGGCGACUUCUCGAUGACGAGAGGCGCGAUGAAGCCGACCAGCGUUGUCGAGUCUACACCGGGUCACAUAAUCUUCACCAGCCCAUAGAAGAAAAUAAUAUUCUUCCGAGGACGCAUUCUGCUUUAAAUUCUUUACCCAGCUGGUCCCGCGAUGGAAAUUCAAUUAAUAGCGAAGAUAACGAAGAUAAUAACGAUUUCGAUACUUUGUUCCUUGACAAGCGAUCAGAUAAAAUGUUACCGUCAUCACCGUCACAAUCUUCAGAUACUACGGAUGGCUCACAAAGAAGUUUCGAUUUGCACAACCAAAUCGGCGAACGAGAAGCUAAUGAUAACGACAACGUCGGAUCUAGUAAUGUCGUCUUAGAGAAAAUGGAAACUCACAGUAACGAUGACGGUCUAAGGGAUAGUAAAACGAGUAAUAAUUACGAUGGAAAUAACUUCGAUGAUCUCGCCGAUUCUUCUUCUAAUGAACUUGAAAUCGACAUGUCCGACAGAAACGAUGAUAGAUACGAAGACGAAAGGGAAGCUAAGUCUAAGCGGAAAGAGAUUAUGUCUGUCAAUAAGCAGACGCUUUACAACGUUUACAAAGCGGCCACGGCUGCCUUGCCGUAUUCCACACAGUCUGCUUUUAAGCCUCCCGCGGAGGUGAAGCAUAAGAUUCCUACGACGUCUUUUCCGAGUGAGCCGUUCGGCGGAUACUCCAAUGAUCACGAGAAGAACUCGAAAGUUUCUAAACAAUACACGAUCUUACAACCGGCCGGGUUAGGCUCCCGCGCCGCCACAGCGCUGCACGAGGCUCGGACCGUGCCAUCGGCGCAACCCACGCGCGAUUCGCGCCCGCUCAAUGCACUCUCUCCGCCGGCCUCCAGAGAAGGCAACAAGUGUCCGACUCCCGGUUGCAAUGGGCAGGGCCACGUCACCGGCCUUUACUCGCAUCACCGAAGUCUGUCAGGAUGUCCAAGAAAGGAUAAAGUUACACCAGAGAUACUGGCGUUGCACGAGACAAUCUUAAAGUGCCCGACGCCGGGUUGCAACGGUCGCGGCCACGUUAGCUCGAAUCGAAGCACGCACAGGUCUCUAUCUGGUUGCCCUGCCGCAGCCGCAAGGAAAGCUGCUGCCAGGACCCAACGUGCUAGGCCUAUUGUUUUAUCAGCACCAGUUCCAUCAAUAUCUGCCCCGAGUGCGACAAUUGACACCGGAAGCACGGCACAAAAACGUGAGCCGGAAGCAGCGGCAUCGCCGCAAAGUCCAGUCGUGAAACGGGAAGCCCCCGAGCUGCUGGUCCCAAAGCGAGAGGCCGCCGAGCCCGAGCGCGAAUCUCCCGCCAUGGAGACGCGCCACGCCGGCUACGGCGCGCCGCCGGAUCAGCGUUCGCCAUAUGAGCGGCCGCCAGAUGAUCAUGUCAGGUCAUAUAGCCAAAUGAAUGAGACACGGUACGGCUACGAAGCUCGAUGUUACGAAGGUGCCACGGCGUUCGAACGGUACGACCCUCAAUGUCCGCAGCGGCCCUACGGCUGGGAGGAAGAACGGUACCACGACCCACACUUACCCACUCCGAUGAAAACGGAUCAAUCGGAACAGGAUGCCAGCUCCGGACCCAUUUAUCCUAGACCGAUGUACCACUACGAGGCGGGUGGCGGGGUAGUGGGCGGUGUGGGAGCGAUGGCCGGCGUCCCGACGGGUUUCUCCGCGAUCAAUCUCUCCGUGAAGAUAGCCGCGGCGCAGGCGCAGCGUCCACGGAGCCCGACGCCCAGAGACCCCCGCGAUCCCCGCCCGGCUAUAGACCUGUCCUCGUCUAGUGGCAGUCCACAGGGUCCCUACGCGUCCCCGGUGUACAGUAGCGCCGGUGGGGCGCGAGGCAGCCCGCAGCCGGGCGCUUCGCCUCAGCUCACCGCCAGCCCUCAGGUGCCCAGCCCGCAGGGCCAGACCCUCGACCUUAGCGUCACCCGUUUACCACAUAGUAGAGCGUUCCCCGGCGGUGUAACGUAUAGUCGGGAAUCUACACCAGACAGUGGCGGAAGCCAUCCUUACCUAGAGGCAUAUCAUCGAGAUACGGCGGGCUACGGAGGCGUGAGUCCACACCCAGUCGCCGGCUACGGUUUAGGUCAACCGGACUACGCGGCGGCGGCCGCAGCGGCGGGCUACGGCGGCUACCAGUACCAGUGUGGAGCAUACCCGCCGCCGCCUGCCUAUCCGCCACACGCGCCGCCCUACUCACCGCCCUGCUAUAUGCCACCGCCUCACGCACCACAUGACAAACCUAAGGACAGCAGUUUGUAUAUGUGCAGUCUAUCUGGAUGUCCGCGCGCCGACCGAUCUCAACUCCAGCCCCAUUCACAAGAGCUGAAGUGCCCGACGCCAGGUUGCGAUGGGUCAGGUCACGUCACAGGGAACUACUCCUCACACCGAUCCCUGUCCGGCUGUCCCAGGGCAAACAAACCCAAGAGCAAACCCCGAGAUGGACAAGAUUCAGAACCACUCAGAUGUCCCAUUCCGGGUUGUGAUGGAUCUGGACAUGCUACAGGGAAAUUUUUAUCACAUAGAAGUGCAUCCGGGUGCCCGAUAGCGAAUCGAAACAAAAUGCGGGUGCUCGAAAGUGGCGGGACAGUUGAACAACACAAGGCGGCAGUGGCAGCCGCCGCUUCGGCGAUCAAAUUCGAUGGAGUGAAUUGCCCGACACCCGGUUGUGACGGGUCCGGACAUAUAAACGGGUCUUUUCUGACACAUCGCUCGCUGUCAGGGUGUCCGGUAGCCGGCGCCACGACGCCCACGCCUCAACCCAAAAAGGCGAAAUAUCCAGAUGAUAUUACGCCUCUUUAUCCGAAACCGUACUCAAGCAUGGACAUCAACAUGCAGACCGGCAACGGCGAGGACCUCAUGACAUUGGAACAAGAAAUUACUGAAUUACAACGAGAGAACGCCAGGGUCGAGUCGCAAAUGCUGCGGCUGAAAUCUGACAUUAACGCUAUGGAGUCACAUCUCAGCACCGGGGAAAGAGAAAACCAGUUGAUGUCGCAACGAAACAACAAUCUGAACGAGUACUACGAGAGUCUGAGAAAUAACGUAAUAACGCUGUUGGAGCACGUGAAGAUCCCCGGCGGGGGAACCGCACACGUGACGUCAUCAGGCGCCCCCGGGGCCGCACCGCCGCCCGCGCCGGGGGACAAGCCCGCCCACGACAACUUCGACUCCUACCUGACCAAACUGCAGACCCUCUGUUCCCCGGACGGGUACUGCCCCGACGAAAACCGGCCCAUCUACGAGACCGUUAAAAACGCUCUUCAAGACUUUACGGUGCUCCCGACCCCCAUUUAA